AUGUACGGUCCACCACCCACGCGGAUCAAGAAGACGGACAUCAAGCGCAGCAGGGGUGGCUGUGCUCGGUGUCGCCAAAAGCGCAGAAAGUGCGACGAAGGCAAGCCCAGGUGCGGCCGAUGCGUAGCAAAUGAAUCUGACUGUCAGUAUGAGCGUGUUGCCAUCAAAUUCAGAGAGUCCACGCAGUGGGCGGCGCAAAAGGUCGAAUCCAGCAAAGGCCUUGUUCAAUCGCAGCUUGGGACAACGGAUGCCAUGAAUCAUGGAUACAGCGGUUCGGCACAAGAGGACGUUCCUACGUGCGAACUAAGGAAUGAGCCUUCGGUUGCGUGUGAGACGACUGCUUGCGAAAGCACGCCCCAUGCUUCAAGAGUUGCCGAGCAGAACAAUGCAUGGGAUGGCGUCCCAGAGCUCAGCAUCGAGGCAGAAGCGCAGUCGGCUUAUCCCUCCCCAGACUCUGGCAUCCAAUGGGCCAUUGAGCCAAACAUGAUGGCUUUUUCGACACCAAUGCUACAAUCAAGGUGUGCCGACAUAGAGCUCGACUUUGAUCUCCCGCUUGAUGGUGCGAAUGGCGAUUUUGCACAGCUCUUCGACUUUGCCGAGAUUCCCCCCGGACCGGGAGUCCCAGAAGUGCUAUCAAUAGAUAUGCAAGUGUCGGGACGUGAGGCUGAGGACGAGUCACCAGUCGCUUCCUAUCAAGAGCAAGUUGGCCGCGCAUCUGCUCCGAUGUGCACCGAUACGGAACAAAACACACUUGGUACUAGUGGAACAUUCCUUGAGUCGAUGAUGCGGAAGUCUCCCUCCGAUCAAGAACCCUCUACCCCCUCGUCAACGGACCACCACUUGUUCAGAGGGCGGUCCAACGUCCAGCAUGCCGAGGUUAAUUCGCCACUACGUACGCCGGUGGGCAAAUUGCAAAGGCGUCUGCCAUCACAGAUUUCUGUCAAGGAUCGCAUAUACCUCGCGCACUUCAAAGUGAGCGUCUUGCAGAGCUUCCCAGUGGAGCUGCCGUUCUUAUGGGACUUGGUAAUCACAUGUGAGACGGUAUGCUGUGCGGCGCUAGCCCUAGCUGCUGCCAGUCUGGCCAACCUGCAAGGCGAACAGGCAGAGAAUGGCCGAGGGACUUGGACCGCUAUGCCUACUCACUCCGCCAAAGCCACGGCGUUUACAGCUCAGACUGUCGAGCUACUAGAGAAGGACACCAGCCUGCCUUUAGAUGCGCGGCUGGUGACGAUGAUGCUUGCGUUCUACUAUGAGCUUGAAGCAGGGUCGUUUAGCAGCGUGUGUGAUGCACUUUCAAUCCUAAACGUGACAAUCCUCAAUAGACUUGAUGACGUGCUGUCACUGGCGGAAGGGUAUAGUCUCAUACGCUGGUGGCUCAGUCUACGCUCGUUGAUUGCUAAUGCACAAGGACCACAUACCCCUUAUGGCUCUGAGAACCCAGCCGAAACGUUCGUCAACAACUUGGAGCUGAGGAUUGCGGCACCUUGCCAAAUGAUUGAGCUCAUCGGAACCAGGGCAAGACGCCUUUGGAACCGAAUUCUCGUGACCAAGGGGUUUGGAGUCUGUGGAGAUACGCCAGCCACUACCAUGAAAAAAGUCGAUGAAUGGUGGAGUAUCCUCAAGGGACAUGAUAUUUGCAGCCCCUCGGAAAAUGACAGAUCUCAUGGUCGAUUCUUGACAGAGGAGGAGUUAUAUGCAGAGCUGAGAUAUCUCAAGACGAUUCUGCAAAGCUGUGAAGCCCCGCGCGAUUUUCGGGCAGAAUUUUUGGAGGUCAAUCAUUCCACCGCCAAGAGUGAGCCUUUGCGGUUUUCUAGUCAUCGAAGAGCGAUGGACAUUGUCGACUAUGCCUUUGCCCAUAUCGUUUGUGACGAGAGUUUGCUCCAUGAUUUGGCAGAUCGGUCGACAGAGCUACCGCGGCAAUUCCCCGACACGCCUGCUGACAUUACGAACCCGUGGGUUGGUCUCAUUUUGCGAGUGGCAGCUGGGCUCGACAUUCCCAAAUGUGGCAGAGAGAAUGCCUACCGAAGAGGUAUCAUCAGCUGCCUUUUCAUAACCGGACUCUUCUGCCCUGGCCAAGUGUCAUCACGUUCGAUCAAAGAGGCCGUCACGCGCAUCGCCAACGUUAGGAUGCACUCUGAAGGGCCAUUUUAUCCGCUCCGCGCCUUUCUAGGGUUCCAACAAGCACUGGAGAGAGAAAUUGCCAAGGGGCAUACGAUAUUCUUUUCUUGUCUAACGUAUGACGAGUGGACUUCCAAGGAAAAGUUGUUCUCCGAUGGCAAAGACGAGUACCUCAUUGUUAUUGGAUGUACGGCUGAUGGAAGGUAUUUUAACGACCUCGUACCAACGACUUCUGCCGAGAUCUAG